AUGGACGUCGAACUGUCUCGAAGUCCUCCAAGGUCUCUGCGACGAUCAGAUCGGCACGCGUUGCACUUUAGUCCCCACGAAACCAUCAAAGUACUUGGAAUUAGCUGGGAGCCUGAAGCAGAUUACCUCCGUUUUCAUUCUCAGAUUCGAACAAGCAGUGAACCUCCUACGAAGCGGUCUAUCCUCUCCGACAUCGCCAAGUUAUUUGACCCUCUUGGACUCAUUGCCCCCGUCGUCAUACGUGCGAAAAUCCUGAUGCAGGAAUUGUGGUUGUUGUCCUGCGGUUGGGAUGAUCCUGUUCCAGAACCGAUCAAAUCGAGAUGGGAAAUCUACCACCAAGAGCUGGUGAAAAUAUCUGAGCACCAUGUCAACAGAUAUGCAUUUCUUCCGAGUUCCGUUAUACAGCUGCACACUUUCGCGGAUGCUUCUCAGGCAGCAUAUGGAGCUUGUACGUACGCCCGAUGUGAAGACGUCCAAGGAAAGGUGAGGAUUCAACUGCUAGCGUCGAAAUCCCGAGUAGCCCCGCUGAAACGAAUCACCAUCGCCCGGUUGGAAUUAUGCGCAGCCGUGCUAGCCGCUCAUCUACACGCGCGAAUCAAAAAGGCCAUCGACGUCAACGUUUCUGCAUCGUACUUUUGGUCAGAUUCCGCCGUCACUCUACAGUGGUUACGAUCACCUCCGAACGUCUGGCCAACCUUCGUCGCAAACAGAGUCUCGGAAAUACAGCAGUACACGAACGGAUGUCAGUGA